AUGCAAACUGUACACAUUAGUUUUGAUUCUGAUGUGUUGCCUAUGUCACACCAUCAACCUUUGAUAUACAGAAACCGUUCACUCACUGUACAGUACAAAUUGUACAUUGUACAAUUACGCUGUUUACAAUUAUUUAUACAUUUAUUCGUUUGUUAGUUCAAUCUUUGUAACAUUACUUCGAUUCGAUGAAAAAACACUUUAUAUCUCAGGCAAUGUCGUUUAUUUUUUUCUUCUGAAUAAGAUAUCAAUCAUAAAAAAGCCGUUGCGUUGUCAUGCAACGAAUUGGCAACUUAUCUAAAAAACACAGUGCGAUAAACUUGAUUCAUAUUUAUCAUGUGUCAUUAAUUGCUUUGAUUUGACAUUAAACUGACAUCAGUUGGAUUAACCAACAUUUUGAAUGACUAUAAAUGCCUUCCGCCUAAACUAUUUGCUUCAGUUCAUCGCGAAACGCAAUUGGUUUCCGUUUGUUAUUUUUGUGUACGAGACAAGAAAAUGAGGCUGUACAAAGUGUUGCUUUUAUUGUGUAUUUUAUAUCAAAAUGUGAGUGGCUAUCGAUUUUUGGGAGUACUUCCAGUACCAUCAAAGUCUCAUUACUACAUUGGCCAUAAUCUGUUGAAAGGACUCGCGUUAGAGGGUCAUGAUGUGACUGUAAUCAGUCCAUUCAAAGAGAAAAACCCCAUUAAAAACUACAAAGAAGUUUUUCUUGAGCACUCUUGGGUGGAAUCUCGCAAAACCAUGGCAAAAGACAAUUUUGUGGAUUUCUCCAAUAUGUACUUCUGGGAUAUGGCAUUUAAAUAUUUUGAAGUUGGACUGGAUAUGACAAAUUGGACUUUGUCAAGUCAAAAUUUACGAGAAUUUAUGAAAAUAAAUCAAACUUUUGAUGUGGUCGUGGUAGAAGUUUGUGUUGACGAAGCCUUGCUUGCAUUCGGAAAGUAUUACAAUGCUCCCGUUGUAGCAAUAUCAGCGUUUGGCGCAUCGAAAUGGACGACUGAUUUGGUUGGUUCGCCGAAUUUCGCGUCAUAUGUGCCAUAUACUACCAAUCAUUACACCGAUCAAAUGACAUUCUCGCAAAGAUUGUACAAUUCUCUGUGUUAUUGGUUCGAAGACUUAGCAUAUCCACUUUAUUUUAUACCGAAACAACAAGAGCUUAUGGAACAAUUGUUCACUGAAGGCAAGAAUUGGUCACUCGACGAAAUCAGACGAAAUAUAUCGUUUGUGCUGUUAAAUACUCACACGACACUCGGAACGCCUCGACCGUAUGCACCGAACAUGAUCGAGGUCGGAGGCAUGCAAAUUCAACCGGAAGAUCCAUUACCAUCGAAAAUUCAAACGUUUUUGGACGAAGCCAAAGAUGGAGCGAUUUUCGUUUCGCUCGGUUCGAAUGUGCUGAUAACAAAACUGCCAGAGCAUCAAUACAAUGCCAUUGUCAAUGCGUUCAAACCAUAUCCGAACAUCCGAAUCCUAAUCAAAAGUGAUGAAAAUGUUGUGAUUCCAUCACACAAGGAAUCAGAUGUUCUUGUGCAGCCAUGGUUUUCGCAACAAUCCAUAUUAUCCCAUAAAAACGUCAAGUUAUUCAUUACUCAUGGCGGUCUUCUAAGUACAACCGAGUCCGUUCAUUUCGGCAAACCCGUUGUCGGCAUUCCAUUUUUCUUUGAUCAACACCUCAAUAUGUUUUUGGCCCAGAAAAAGCAGUUUGGUAUUAGUGUGCCGAUCGAAACUUUGAACGCGGAAAAUAUAGCAACCGCUGUGAAGAAAGUACUUGAAAUACCAAGUUACACUGAAAAUGCGAAGUUGAUAUCGGAUAGAUUCCGCGAUUUACCUCGAACUCCAUUAGAAACCGGAAUGCACUGGGUGAAGCAUGUGGCUAAAAAUAAAGGAGCCCCACAUUUUCGAAGUGUCGCAGUUGAUUUGCCAAUCUACAAACUCUAUAAUUUAGACGUUUGGGCAUUCAUUUUUGGUGUCUUUGCAUUGGCAAUAUACAGUGUGAUCAAGGUGGUUCGCCUUCUUAUCGAGUAUGUUCUUUCUUCAAAUUCACCAAGAAAACUAAAACAAAUGUAGAAAAGACUGUGCGCAAAUCGGAGACAUGUCUCCAUAGCAAUUAUAAUUUCCAUCUAUUCAUCGGUCUUUUUGGACCGAGCAAUGCAAAUUUUACGACCAAUAAAAUAAAAACAAAUGAUGAUGAAUAA